GCUCUGGUUAACACAAUUAUCACCAUCUAUUAAUCAUCAUUCCAGUUAAUCAAUUGGUUAACUGAUUCUUUCAAUUUCCUUUUCUGUUGUUGUUUCUUUCAUGGUGAAAAUUUGCUUCUUUUUUUUUAUUCUCCUUUAAUUAUAAACCAAUCAAUUGAUUGUUCUGUGUAAACAUUUUCUAAACAUCAAUUAUUGAUAGAAUUAUUGUUGUUGACAUUGUUCCUCAUAUUUCGACUUGAUUUAUAAGAGAUUAAUUCAAUUUGUGUAUUAGAAUUUCCAUCUUUAUGGCAUCAAACCAGAAUAAAGGAUCAACAUUACUCAGCAGAGAAGAAAAUGAUUUUUUAUUCAGUCUUCUAGGAGAAAAGUGUGUGACACUUUCAAGUACAGUUAUCCAAUUACUGGUCACAACACCACCGACCCACUCAAAAUGGACCAAACAUACCACCGGAAUGGUUUGUUUUGUCAAAGACAACAUAGUUCGCUCCUAUUUUAUCAAAGUUUAUGAUAUCGACAAUAGAAGACAAUGUGUUUGGCAACAAGAGCUUUACCGUUACUUUGAUUACAAGGCUACUCGAGUCAAUUUUCACACCUUCGAAGCGGACAGUUGUCGAGCUGGUUUAUAUUUCGCCGACAGUAACGAAGCCAAUGAUUUUCUCAACAUAGUCCAAUCUAAAGUGAAAAUUUUAGAAAAACGAGGAAAAAGUUCAAGGCAACAAAACAAUAAUAGUAAUAGUAACAAUUAUCCUAGUAUAACUGGACCAGUUUCAGACCCAUUUUUAACACAUACUCCGAUUGCGAGUAAAAAAAAAGAGAAAGGUAAAAAGAAGGAAGAAAAGAAAGACAAAAACAAACCCAAAGUGAGAAAGGAAGAUAUUGGUCUUCCAACCGACUUCCAGCAUCUUCGUCACAUUGGUUGGACACCCGAAACCGGCUUUAAUGUUACUAAUAUCACUCCAGAGUACAAGAGAUUUUUUGAAUUCGCUGGUGUCACUGAAAAGCAACUUCAAUUGCCCAAUAUUCGUAGUUUUCUCUAUGAGUUUGUCGAUAAACGAGGAGGGAUUCAAGUAUGUCUACAAGAUAUGGAUCAACAUCUUUCACAGAAACUUCCUCUACCUCCUUACUCACCACCUCUUCCCCAAUCUCAAACAUGGCAUCCACCACCUCCAACUGGGGCUCCUCCACCUCCACCAGCUCGAACACAGCACCAUAGAACACCAGCUCCACCACCACCGCCUCCUGCACCAAUGAAUCCACCAGUAUCGAAGUUACCACAUUCAGCGCCACCACCGCCGCCUCCACCUCCAUCUUUUGGUUCAAUGGCUCCACCACCGCCUCCGCCACCACCACCGCCACCUCCUCCUGGUAUGGGCAUGGGUCCACCACCACCUCCUCCUCCACCCCCACCUUGCUCUGGUCCACCUACACUUCGGCAUGAUGAAAACCGAUCAUACAAUGCAAACGGCGGGGCACCGCCACCACCACCACCACCAGUUGAUGCCCGAUCUGCUCUCAUGGACGCCAUACGAAAUGGUCCUAAAUUGAACAAAAUUGACCAGGAAAGUUUAUCUUCCAAAUCAAACAGUUCCGCUGAGACUGGACGAGAUGCUUUGUUAAAUGAAAUUCGUAAAGGAAAAGAAUUGAGAAAAGUUGAAACCACCGGCGCUGAUCGACCUCCAGUCCAGGCCAAACCAAUCGGUGGUAUAGCUGGAGCUUUGGCCAAAGCUCUUGAAGAGAGACAACGAGCCUUACAGGGUACAAGUGAUGAAAGUGAUGCCUCAAGUGAUACUCCGUCUGAUGAUGAAUGGGAAUAAUUUAGAGAAGAAACAAUUGAAUGAAUUCUUUUUUCAAGGUUUUGUUUCAAUUCUUUUAUUUUUCUCUCACAUUCUCAUUUCAUGAUAAUACAGUUUGAAUUUUUUACACACCCAAAAAUCAAUACAAUCAUCAACACGAUUUAUUUUCAACAAUAUUAUUACCUCUGUAAUCAUACUCUUCGUUAUCACGUCGACAUCAUCACUCGCUGCCGUCGUUAUCAUACAAAUCCUGUUUCCAUCAAUGAAUUUCCCCUUUUCUCUCUCUCUCUCUCGCUCUCUCUUUCAUUACAAUUAGAGGAAAACAAAUUAUUAUCCAUCAAAGUUAAAUAAUCAACACACGAAACAAAAGCUCUGUUAACAAUUACCCACAGUGUCAACAAGUUAAAACACUCAACAAACCACAAACACUUAAACAUUACCACCAAUACAAACAUGAUUUACUUAAAAAGGUAAAGGGUUAAUCCAACAAAUUAACCCUCUCAACACAUUGUCAAAUCACUCUAAACUUUAGCAAAGGAUUUUUUGAUCAUCACAAUCAUCAUAAUCAUCACCAUAACCGCCACCAUCACCGUAAUUGUUAUUAACUUAAUGAAGACUGUUAAACGAAAAAAAGACAAUUUGUUUCUCCUUUUGAUUGUCUCACCGAAAACAACUGAAAGACAAAACCACCCGAUCGUCGAUCAACAAAACAAAACGAAAAAAAGAUGAUAAUAUUGUUACAAAGUUUAAUUUCAAAAAAAGAGUCUCCUGAGUACUUAAUUACACUAUAAUUAUAUAAAGAGUUAAUUAACUAAUAUUAUUAUUGAUUAUUACAAGAAUGAAAUCUCUGUAAUCUAUUUUUUCUGUAAAAUCUUAAUGUUAAACAUUAACACAAGAAUCAAGCAAAAAGCAAAGAUAAAAAUCAAAAUUAUGAUCAA